UUUGUGGCCUUAAAAAACAAUAUUUCAAAUUAUAUCCCGCAGUACAACAGUUUUUUCCCCCUAAUGAUUUGGUAUGUUCUCUCCUUUUUCUCUUGGCUAUGAAAAACUGUGUGCAUAUCACUGUAUUAGUGCAGCCUUCAUUCAUUGUUUCUCCAUUCAUUGUUUUUAUAGCACAUUAAUUGAACCAAAGCUGAAAUAGAAAGAGUAAAGUAGGCUACAAUAAAAUAAGUACAGAUGUCAAGUUGUUUUAAGUUGUUUUAAAUUCAGUGAAAUGCAGACACACAUAAGUAGGCCAAGAGCCUAAUUACUUGAUAAUGACAGCCAUUGUUAGGCUACUGCUAUUCAGAUUCCACACAUUAAAUGGCUGAUUAGCUGGCCAUUGCAUUUUAUCUUUUGCAAACUGGUUUAAAGACAGCAUUUAUUGAUGCUGAGUUUUGUGGACCCAUUGUAUUUGUGGCCUUAAAAAACAAUAUUUCAUUUUUUAUCCUGCAGUACAACACAGUUUUUUCCCCUAAUGACUUGGUAUGUUCUCUCCUUGUUUCUCUUGGCUAUGAAAAACUGAGCAUAUCACUGUAUUAGUGCAGCCCACAGACCUAAAGUAAACUAUACUGGCAGUCGGUCACGUGGUACCGGAAUCUGCGGCCGCCAUUUUUGGCUACCCCAGACUUUACUCCAGACUUUCACAGCAAACUGUUAUUGCUGUGUAGCCUAUAAAAAAUCGGCAUGCAAUGUGAAAAUCCCUCCGAAAAUAAAUAAAAUACUGUUAAACAACUCACAGCUGAGUUAGUCUGGGAUAAGAUGGCGUCCAGUUUCCACCUAGUGUUUAGAACAGGCGCUGCCAGUCUAGUUCAUUUUAGGUCUGUGGUGCAGCCUUCAUUCAUUGUUUCUCCAUUCAUUGUUUUUAUAGCACAUUAAUUGAACCAAAGCUGAAAUAGAAAGAGUAAAGUAUGCUACAAUAAAAUAAGUAUAUAUGUCACAAGUUGUAUUAAGUCAAGUAGACUACAAUAAAAAAUAAAAUGUAGAUGUCUCAAUAAGUAUUCCAAACUGAGUUUUAAAUUCACACAAAAAACUAGACCAAGAGCAAUUAAGCUUAGCCUACUUGCUAAUGACAGUCAUUCAGAGGCACAUGAAAUGGCUGGGCUAUUAAAGCCAUUGUGUGUGCAUUCUGGCUUUUGGAAACUGGUUCAACCAGUUUUUGUUUUUGUAACUGACAAAGCUGCUACAGCAACACUUUGCAAAUUCAAUACAUUGCCAUAUAACUCAUGAGUUAACGUACACAAUGGCAUAUUAUUGUAGCAGUGGACUGAAAUUAUUAAUCUACAAAAUAUGCGGUAUGCCUUUAAGACUGCCUCGCGUGUGUGUGAUGUCACGUCCUGUAAUAGCUAUGGUUAGAGAGCUCACUGGAAAUGAGAGGACAACUGGAUGUUUACGUUUUUGCAGAGGUUUUUUUUUUUCCCCUGUACACUAAACGAAAAGUCUAAUGGCACAGCAAUUCAGCAUGCAUCUAUUUGAAAACGUUUCACCUUACGCCUACAGCAAGAUCAACUGAAGGUUGCCUGACGUGGUGGGGGUGUGGCUGUGAAGACAUGGAUAAUUGGGUUGAUCGCAAUGAACAGAAUCAAUUGCUGCUAUCUUCGGAUGCAGAGAGCACCUUUUGCUUCAACAACUUCUACUUUGACAACAAAGCUUUGGAUUCUACUUGACUACACGACUGGGAUUCACUCUUGAAAAGGUACACAUUGUUUGCAUGGUAUUGCAUUGCAGCCAAUGAGUUCAAAGAGGUUGGCCAGACAGAUCUACACAAAGGAAUGGAAGAGGGCGCGGCGAGAGGUGUUGAAUGUGCGAGCACUGGUGCGUGCCCAGCUGGAUGCAGGAGAUGCAGCAAACAGGGCAGAGGAGUCUGCGUGAGAUGCAGCAAGCAGGGAAGAGCAGGCUGCGCGAGAUGCAGCAAGGACAGGCCAGGCUCUGCAAGAAGCAGAGCAACAACAUAAUGGACCUCAACACAUGCCAGAGAUACAACCGGCGGAGAUUGAAGAACAGCCUGAGUUCAUGGCAGAGCCAACAAGUUCGUUCAGCAGCUCGGAGCAGGACAGCAGCAGUCCCUCAACCCAUGUCAGUCCAGCACCCAGCCGUCGGACAUUGGAAGAGUCGUACAUUGAGGAACAAACAUCAUCCGACCCAGUUGAGGGAAUGACCCAUGGCGAAGAGGAGGGGGCUUCAGGCAUGGCUGCCGUAAUAAGGCUCCUGGAGGAACGAAAGAGGCUCCUAUUGAGGACGACGGAUGACACAAAAAGAACCAUGGAAGAGCACAUGGGGCGAAUGACUAGGAGAAUGGAGGCUAUGGAGAGGAGGAUGGAGGCUAUGGAAAGGAGGAUGGAGGGUAUGGAGAAGAAGUCAGAGACAUUGGAGGCUGCUGUGGUCUCGAACCCGCCUCAGCCUCCUCUGCAGGAAGAUGUGCUGUUGGGCCUAUGCAGCACAGUGGAGGAGCUAGACAGGAGUCUGGCUCAACCAGAAAGAAGGAACCAAAUGAAACGUUUCCUUGAAAGCCUGGGAGGGGCGAAUCCGGGGGCAGCCAUUCGUCGCAUUCUACGCCAGGUGGCUACCAACAAUGUCCUGGCGCAGUACAGCCUGAGGGGGAGGAGAGCAAAAAAGCCUUUCCAGAACUUAACCCUUUGCAAAAUUAUAACGGAGGCCUGCAUGCAGAACUUCCCUGGCAAGAAGGUAGCUGAUAUUGAGGAGUGCAUUGGGCAUGCACUGAAGUUUGCACCACACAGACGGUCAGCUGGUCCUCAAGAUUGAAGACGUACACCAACUUCUAUGCACACGCACCCGUUUUUGGCAUUUCUAAAAUUUUUCUUAUUUUUUGCCUUUAUUGUAUUUUAUUAAGAAAUAGUUUUCAUAAUUGUCUAUAGUUGUCAGAUGUUUUAUAAUGUAUAAUAAUGUUGCACUGUGUUGCUGAUGUCCUUA